ACUCCAAGGCUCCGAGCCGUUUGAGAAGCCGGGAAGCCGGCACCGCCGCUCGGGUGCUUCCCCAGCGGCCCAGAGGCAACGGGAACGGACCGAGGCAGCUGGUACCAUGGAGAUUGUGUACGUAUAUGUCAAGAAGCGCAGCGAGUUCGGGAAGCAUUGCAACUUCUCCGACCGCCAGGCAGAGCUGAACAUCGACAUACCGCCCAACCCUGAGCUGGCCAAGCAAUUCGUGGAGCGGAACCCCGUGGACACGGGCAUCCAGUGCUCUAUUAGCAUGUCGGAACACGAGGCCAACACAGAGCGGUUUGAAAUGGAGAGCCGGGGGGUUAAUCACAUCGAGGGGGGCUGGCCCAAGGAUGUGAACCCCCUGGAACUGGAGCAGACGAUCCGCUUCCGGAAGAAGGUGGAGAAAGAUGAGAACUACGUCAACACCAUCAUGCAGCUGGGCUCGGUCGUGGAGCACUGCAUCAAGCAGAAUAAUGCCAUUGACAUCUACCAGGAGUAUUUUGAUGACGAGGAUGCGGUGGAGGUGAUGGAAGAGGCCCCUUCAGCUAAAACCGUCAGUGUUUUCAGGGAUCCCCAGGAAAUUAAGCGGCCAGCCACACACAUCUCCUUGCACCCCGAUGGCAACAGGAAGUUGGCAGUGGCGUACUCUUGCUUGAAUUUUCAACGGGCACCGGAGGGCAUGAGCAACGAAUCGUACAUCUGGGACCUGGAAAACCCCAACAGGCCAGAAAUUGUCCUAAAGCCAUCUUCUCCUCUUGUCACCUUGGAAUACAACCCCAAAGAUUCCCACGUGCUCCUGGCAGGCUGCUACAAUGGGCAGAUCGCCUGUUGGGACACCCGGAAGGGCAGCCUGGUGGCAGAGCUGUCCACCAUUGAGUUCAGCCACCGAGACCCCGUUUACGGCACCAUCUGGCUGCAGUCGAAGACGGGCACCGAGUGCUUCUCAGCGUCCACGGACGGACAGGUCAUGUGGUGGGACGUCCGGAAGAUGAGCGAGCCCACUGAGGUCGUCAUCAUGGACAUCACCAAAAAGGAACAGUUGGAGCGUGCCUUGGGGGCCACCUCCCUGGAGUUCGAGGCUACUCUGCCGACCAAGUUCAUGGUGGGCACGGAGCAAGGCAUCGUCAUCUCCUGCAACCGCAAGGCCAAGACACCGGCUGAGAAGAUCGUGUGCACCUUCUCAGGUCACCAUGGCCCCAUCUAUGCCCUGCAGCGAAACCCGUUUUACCCGAAGAACUUUCUGACCGUCGGCGACUGGACCGCCCGCAUCUGGUCAGAAGACAGCCGGGAGUCGUCCAUCAUGUGGACCAAGUACCACAUGGCUUAUCUCACUGAUGGUGCCUGGAGCCCGGUGAGGCCAGCGGUUUUCUUCACCACCAAGAUGGACGGGACCUUGGACAUCUGGGACUUUGUGUUCAAGCAAUGUGACCCCGCCCUCAGCCUGAAGGUGUGUGACGAGGCCCUCUUCUGCCUCCGGGUACAGGACAAUGGAUGUUUCAUUGCCUGUGGCUCCCAGCUGGGGACAACCACGCUGCUGGAGGUCUCGAAUGGGCUGUGCACCCUGCAGAGGAACGAGAAGAACAUGGUUUCCUCGAUAUUUGAGCGUGAGACCCGGCGGGAGAAGAUCAUGGAGACCAGGCACCGUGAGAUGCGACUGAAGAAGAAGAGCAAGGCGGAGGGCAGGGAAAGCUACCCGAGCGAAGAGAAGCCUGCCUUGAACCCGGAGCAGCUGGUCACCGAGGCCGAGGAGGAGUUCUUCAAUGUUAUCUUCACGGAGCUGAAGAGGAGGGAGGCGGAAGCCAUGAAGGAGAAGCCCAAGCCUGCCCUCUUAGGUACCAGGGGACGAAGAAAAAGGCAUGGUCUGUCUGGGCCAUUGUCUUAGGGGCCCACAGAUAAGACGCUAAGAUGUGAAAGAGUGAAAGCACAACACAGAAGGGAAAAGAACAAGUGAGCGUGGGCCAGCGUCUGCCCUUGUACGCAAGAUUGGCUGCCUAGUUAGGGAAGGAAGGAAAACAUGGGGCCCCAGUUCAGAAGUAUUGAGAAGUUCAAGGGACUUCCCUGGCGGUCCAGUGGUUAAGACUCCGCGCUUCCACUGCAGGGGGGUGCGGGUUCGAUCCCUGGUCACGGAACUAAGAUCCCUCAGGCCUCCUGGCCAAAAAAAAAAAAAGUGUUGAGAAGUUCAAGACAGUGGCAGCAGACACUAAAGCAGGCGUGGAGCCCUGGUCAGCAAAGGCCGCGUGGCCGCUCAGGGCGCCGGCCCAUGAAGCCGGCCCGUUUGUCCAGUUCUCGGGCACCGAUGGAGAGACAGGGGGACGGAAGGUGGGUGAGCACAGAGCAGCCCACCGGCUCCAUCCCGUGACUACUCACCAUUUCUGGCUCUCUCCCGCUGGGUCUAGAGACAGGCUGUGGUUUCUGUGGGCGCAUUUUGCAUUUGGGAGUACUCGGAUCUGAGCGGCUCUAUUCUCACACCAUCUGGUGGUACAGUGGGGCUGAGGCGAGGCUGGAGUCCUGCCUUUCUGACCCACAGCGCGGGCUCCUCCCACCCAUCCCCUCGGGCCCUCCAGCCCUCCAGCAGGUGAUGCUGACACCGUGCAAUGUGGCCACUGACUCCGUGUCUGCUGCUGGACAGCCCCAGAUGUGCUCCGCACAGCAGCGUGAACACUGGAUGGAGAAGCUGAUCCUCAGGGGUUAAGCUACACAGAACCUGGCCCCCUCCUUCUGCCCACCACACGCUUCCUGCCUGUCUCUGCGUCUCCGCAGUUGGCCAGACAUUCUGGGGUCAGAGCUAAGAAGGCAUUGCUGGGUCCUCACAUUCAUUAUCUCUAAUCCCAGCCACAGCCCUGCAGGGAGUCAUGUCCCCUUUACAGGGGAGGGGACCAAGGAGACUCAGGAGGAACUAGCUCGAGGUGGCCCAGGCAGCAAGCGGCAGGUGCCCGAGGCCGUGCCCACCAUCCGUACCCGCAGGUGUCGAGCGCCCGCUAGGCUCUCACGGCCGUGGUGCUGGCAGCGUGGUCUCCUGGGUGCCCAGCAACCCAGGCUCAGGGGUUAACCUCCCGGGUGCAGGGAGGCCUGCCCUCCACCAACAAGUCUAUG